GCGAUCGGGGGGCGGUGGCGCCCCUCGUACCCCGCGGGGAGGGGAGAGGAGGGGAGGGGAGGGGCGGGCGGCGGCGGCGGCCGCUCCCGCCGAGGAGAAGCGCGGGCGGCGGGCAGGGCAGCGCUGCCGCCGCCGGGACCGGCACCGGGACCCGGCCCGCGGCCGUGUGCCGGGCUGCGAGAUGGCCGCCAGCGCCGUCCUAGGGCUGUGGCUGCUGGCGGCGGCGGGGCUGUGCGGCGGGGCGGCGGCGGGCAGGUCCCCCAGCUGCCACGAAGUGCGGACGGCGUUCCAGCUGCGGCAGAUCGGGCCCCUCAAGCUGGUCCCCGACGUACCCACGGCCGAGUCAGAUUUACAGAUCUGUCAACACAGGGCACCAACAUGUUGCACCAAAAAAAUGGAAGAAAGCUACCAGGCCGCUGUUCGGAGAGAGAGGACUCAAAGUAUUCAGGCACUGAACUUCGAACUAAAGUACAUGAUUGUUGGUCAUAUCACAGCUUUUCAAGAGGCCUUUGAGUCUUUGCUUCGCUUUGCUGAAAACCGCACAAGCUCCCUGUUUGAGACAGCUUACAGACCCAUGGCAAAAGAAGCAGCAGAGCCUGUUAAGGAGCUUUUUACAGACAUCUCUCUCUACAUUCUGGGCGCAGAGACUACAGUGGAAAGUGCAGUAUUGCGGUUCUUUGACAGUCUCUUUCCUCUGGUGUAUAGUCGGCUAAUAAACCCAGGAAUUACAGAUCUAUCAGAGGACUAUACAGAGUGUCUGCGUCUCACAAGGCAAGACAUAAAUCCUUUUGGACACUAUUCUAAAAACAUGGUUACAGAGCUGUCAAAAUCUCUUUGGGCCAGUCGGAUGCUCAGCCAGGCCCUGAGCCUGGGCAUUGAAGUGAUAAAUACUACUGAACACGCGGCUCUGACGAAGGAGUGCAGCAGAGCCCUGGUGAAGAUGCAGUACUGCCCGCACUGCCAGGGCCUGACGCUCAUCAGACCCUGCGUCGGCUACUGUCUGAAUGUAAUGAGGGGCUGCCUGGCCAGCGUGUCAGAGCUGGAUGCACAAUGGAGGGAGUACAUCUCCACGCUGGAAUAUCUCACUAAUGAAAUGGCUGCCUCGCAUGAUCUGGAAAUUGCACUGUCGGGAAUGUGGAACUCCAUCAAUGAAGCCAUCCUGCACGCACAGCUCAAUGGGCCGCAGCUCUCCGCCACAGUUGAUAAAGUGUGUGGGCAGCCCAGACAACAAGAAGGGAACUUGUCCUCAGCCAAUAUAGUGCCAGUGAAGGAAGUGACUGAAGCCCAGACGUUCGUGAUGGCUCAUGCCAGCCUGAACAAUAAAAGAAGUUCUCUGCCUCUGAAAGCUUCAAAGAAUGACAAAUCAAGAAGUUUGAAAAAAAUCUCUCGAGAGUUCAUCAGUUACAUGAAGCGAUCCCGCACCUUUUAUGCCUCUAUAGCAGAACGUCUGUGCGAUGGAGACCUGGUCAUGAGGGACAGCUCAACCUGCUGGAAUGGAGAGGAUGUUGUGGAAAGUUAUACCAGUAGAGUUGUUUCCAAUGGACUGAAGGCACAAAUUAAUAAUCCAGAACUGAAAGUCAGAGGAUUGGACCCACUCAUCAGUAAUUUAAUUGACAAACUUCAGCACUUUAAUCAUCUGGAUGCUGAGAAGACCAAACUGAAACUGGAAAGAUGGGCUUCCCGAGACGCUGGCAGUGGGGGAGGAAAAAGUGGAGAGGUGGAGUCGAGCGGAGAUUGUGAUGAUGAGGAUGGUUGUCAAGGAUCCGGGGACAGGAUUCCCACAGCAGAUAUACUCAAGGACAAGAAAACCCAUCCAGAGAACAGAAACGAACCAAAACCGACUGUGAAAAAGAUUGACACUACAACCACCAGAAGCACUGUCAAGUCAUCCUCCAAACACAGUGUAAAUGGAAGUGGGAGCAGCCCAGCCCUGAGCCCCUCCCUUGUUUUAGCAGCACUGGCAGUUCUGUGGCAUUGUCUGCUGUAGCUGUGUUGCCUUGCAGCCAUUGUGCUACUGCUUCUGUUCACUGUCAUUUAUACCUGCAGCCUUACCCAACAGAAAACAAAACUAAAUGGUUCUCUAGUUUAUGUGGUAUGUUAGAAUAAAUAUGAAAUGCUGUGCUGGAGUUGGCAGAUACCAAGUGUCAUCACUUACAAUAUCUGGAGAUAGCCUUUGGCAAAGCCCACCCAAGAUACAGAGGGGAUGGUGAUAAGGAUCUGAGUAGCUUAAGUUAUGGGGUAGAAGUAAUGGAAAACACAGAAACUAUGUAUGGGUGUGUUACUGCUUUUAUCGAUUUCAUUUGCUAGAAUUUGACUGGCUGUUUUUGUUUGUUUAAUUUUUCUGAUAAGUUAUAUGAAUGGUCAGUCUUCAAAUUCAAGCCAAUCCAUACUUUAUGUUUUCAGUGAACAGCUAACAAGCUGUGUCUACAGUUCAUAGAAUGUUAAGGGGUUGGAAUGGACCUUAAAGAUCAUCUAGUCCCAAUACCCCUGCUAUGAGCAGCAACAUCUCCCACUAGAGCAGGUGAAGUACUCUCUACCAGCUUGAUGAAAUUCCUGAGUGAUCAAGAAGUUCAAAGCAUGUUUGAAACUUCUUUUCACUCUUACUAUUUAGAUUGUAGGAAGCAACAUAAAAGUGUAUGGUGUGUCUAAUAUAUCAGUAUAGUUGCCUUAAUUAUGGAAAAAAAAUAGAACCACUUUGUUUACUGAGGGAUAUAGAUAGGGAGUUUCCCUGCCCCACAAAAUGUCAUUAACAAAUGCUUAAGCAUAUGUUCAAGGCUUAUUGGAUGAAUGUCCAGAAACAUAAAUAAACAUAAUAAUGUUUUAUCCACUUGAAUGCAGCUCUGUACAGAGGAAAAAAAAAGGUAAUUCAGUUCAAACUUACUUUGCCUAUAUGAUGUUACAUACCAACUCAAGUUUUCCAUAAAGAUCCCAGCGAUAUAAAUUAUUGGGAACUCCCAUUAGACUCUAACUAGAUUUUGUGCAGUAUGGGUCCCUGAAAUCAACUGUUUCAUAAACUAUGUAUUAUUUAAUUACAUUUAAUGUUUAAAAUUUUGUAUCACGUUAGGUGUAAAUGUAAAACACACUGAAAUCUAGAACAUUCUCUGUUUUGCCUCAUCUUGAUUGCUACCUUAGAAAAUGUCAAAUGUGCAUUAUUAUAUUACAAGGCUUUGUUUUCUAAUCAAUGAUACAUUGAUGUGUUUUAAGUUUUCAGAUGAAAAAGUACUAUAAUAACUUCUAAUGGGUUAAGAGUUAAUGUGUGUUUUCCAACAACUGUUUACAGUGCCAUUGAAUAUAUGUAUACAAACACAACUGUUGAAUACAGUGAUUAAUAUGAUAAAUAUAUGAAACAUUCAAAUUGUUACACUUACUACAUUUCAUAACUAUUACAACAGUUUAAUGGCCAUUUUCAUGUUGCAGACUUAUUAUGUACAGUUUUGUAAGAUUUGAUGUAAAACACUUGCCUUCAUUUUUUUGUAAAACAUCUCUUUGAUACUUGGAGUUACACAGUCACUGACAUUACUCAAAAGAAGAACCCUGUAUCUUACUAACCAGCUUCAGGCUUUUUAUUGACAACUUUGAUUAUAAAAGCCUGACUUAAAGAAGGUGCCGUGUGCCAGUGCUGCUGCUGGAUGUUAUUACAAAGUGGCAAUAAUUCAGAAAAAGCAUACAAUAAAUGAACAAAGGCUGACUACACUUUGUUUUCAGACAGUGUUAGUGAACUUGUCUAGUUACAUUUGCAAAGGUGGGGCUUGAGUCCGAUUUCUAGUUUGGGCUCUUAGAUCGUAUUUGCCAAUGUAAAGGUAUGAUCAGAACUGUGGACACACCCAGCUGCGAAGGCAGUGCCUCUAAAGUGGCCGCAGCUAAGUUUUCUAAAAGAUUUUAAUGUUGAAACAAGUAGAUAAAAUGGAAAAGGUGCUUACAUUAACAUGAAGUAUUUUGUAUUUUAAUUCUGAUUUUUCAAAAUGAUAAGGAUAUUACUAUCUCUAAUCAGGGCUUCCCAGUCAGAUCAGUGAAAAUCAGUUUUCCCAAAAGUACUGAAAUGGCUGUCCUGUGUUUUCCAGGGUUUGUGAGCUGCACCAGUCCAUGGAACCAUAAUUAAAAAUGCUGCUUCUUGUAUUCGUUUUCAGUACCCUUUGGAAAAGUGCUGUGGUACCUGAGGAGGUGUGCAAGUUGUGUCAUUUGUACAGUGACAGAACUCUGUAAUGCCUUGCAGUCCUAAAGAGUGUGUUGUGAUGGCUGUUGUUGGAGAGGCUGCCCUGUGUGUACACACAGAGAUGUACUUCAGGUGCUGACACCACCUGCUCCUGGGGUAACACCAACCACUGUGGUUUCACUGGAGCAAUUCAUGUCUGAUGCUUGUGAACCUGACUCCUGAUUUAGUGUUCUCACACUUGAGAUGCUCAGUCACCAUUCAAGCAGGUGCACUCACAUUUGCACACUGUCAGGAUUCCUAUGGACAGAGGUUCCAGGGCUGGGCUCUGAUCCUGCCAGAUUUCAGCUGUGAAGCGUAGAGUUUUCAGUUUUUCUCACCUUCAGAGAGGGAACUUGAAUACCCAGAGUUAAGUGUCUUUCUGAGGUGUGUUCUGUGAAAGAUUUUGAGUGGUGAUCCCACUCAUGUUCAGCUGCAGCAGAGGGAGCUGCAGAAACCCUGCAGGAGUCAUGGAUGGAAUAACUCACCCAAGGGAUUAUUUGUUGCUACUAAAUGUCAUAAUCUUGCCAACCAGAAACCUCUGAAAAAUCAAGUGUUUGAAUUUGGAAGUUGGCUGGCAAGUAUUUUUAUGAUGUAGCACUCACCUCUCAAGCUAAACAAGAGAGCCCUUUUAAAGUUUCUGUAACAAAACAGAACAGGUUCAGACCUUGAGAGAGAAUCAACUCAUUUCUUUGGAUUCAACCAAUGUUUUAAUAGACACAAAUUGUUGCAGAAUGAGGAAAGAGGACUCCACAUCAAUUAAUACAUUUCACACUAAUACAUUUUACACUGUAAGAAGAGUACUGGUCAAACCAGCAUGAAAUAUGUGUAUCAAAAGUGCAGUUUUUAAGGGCAAUGCAGUGUAUUUCUACUAAUGGUUUAUAAUUUUUUUUUCCCCAGGAUCAGUUGCAUUUACAUAUUUAAAAUGAAUGUUUUCCAUCAAACAAGACAUCUAUACCAGGAAAGGCAACACCAACUGUCCAUGUCAGAUAAAGGAUGUAUUCCUUUUCAGAUGAAUAAGAUACCUGGUUUACAAAACCUUAUUUUGUUAUCCAGAACACUGUAAUUAUGAUGCAAUUACAAAGAUCUAAAUUCAAAAUACUUUUCAACUUGUCUAUCUAAUCUCAGUGUCAAAGAAGGUACCAGUCUAAGAGCAUUGCUGUAGCCUUGCCUAACAGUUAUGAGUUGUAUUUUUGAUUGUUUAUUGUUUUGCUGUGACUUCCUUUUAAUAUUUUGCUGUGCCCGCAUUUGUGAAUGCCAGCGUUGGACGGUAACUGCUGUCAUACAUUUGUGAGUAAAAUCAAUCUGCAAUUUUCUGUUGA